AUGAUAAAAUCGAGCGCCCACCUUUCUGGUACCGUUUCAGCCACUGGAAGUGACCGUCACUCACCGAGCAGCUCGGGUACCGAGAAGAGGGUCUCCCGCGCUCACACCGCCCCCGCGCACGGUUCAGCCACGGUGACGGGAAGCGGGGAGAGGACACUGCGCUCUGUGGCAAACAGCACCCUGGAGCAGGGCACAGAGAGCUCCACAUCGCACGUGGAAAUUGCUGAUUCCUCCGAAGCGAAGAGCUCGGUGCCCAGGGAGCAGAGCAGGACUCCAAACAUCUUCGCGAGCAGCUUGGGCGUCACGGGGCUUGCGACUGAGAUGCUGUUUACGCAUUCUUCCAAGAUCCCAGCUUACUCAUCUUUCCAAAAUGAUCUCUCAAGCUUUCCAAGUAGCCAUCAGCCAGUCAGUAGUGUUGAUGUGGAGAAAAGGACCUCUGUUUCACACACAGAUGGCACAUACAUUUCAACCACGUACACCAGGGGUGGAGAGAGGACCCUCCUGUCUAUAUCAAAUAGUAGCACCUCUGCUGAGUCCUCGGAAAGUUCCACUUUUUUUUCAGACAUUUCCAGCCCUUCUGAUUCAUCUCAACUUUCUUCUGUGACCCAGGACAGAAGAAGCAAUGUCUCCAGUGACAGCAGUUUUAUUGAACCAUCUACUGAGCCAUUGUUAGUACAUUCUUCCAAAUUGUUGACUUCUGCUUCCACAGACACUAUACAAAAUACGACCGUUUUGGAUACGGACUCUGAGCUGUUGCCUACUGGCAGAUCACCUCUAUCUUUAUCGGCAUUUCCAUCCUCUUCCUCAGCGCCAUCACUGCAUUACUCACCGUCAUCGACGCCGUCACCAGUGUAUCUGUUUGCGUCGUCAGAGGCAUCUGAGCUGCUGUCUUCCUCCACGAUGGCCUCAUCCCCUCCUCUACAGGCUUUGUCAAGCGCCGUGCCCACUUCCUCAUUGCUUUCCUCAUCUUAUUCCUUGACGUCUUUAUUACCUCUGUUUUCUUCACCGUCUUCCACGCCGCAGGCCAAGGAGAGCGGUCGAACAAGCACCUCGGUGGCUACCACGGAAGCCAGGCAGGUGCCCUCUACCGCAGCCAUCUCUGGGAGCUCUCCUGGGGAGACCAGCAAGCCCAGUGGAAAGCACCAGCCCCUGGACAGCACCUCCUUCAUCUCUGCAGGCUCUCCUCCUCUUCCCACCGAGCCCAUGGAGCAGCUUGGCAGCCGUGCUGUGUCCAUGUCUGCUCCCGCACAUGCAACGGAGAUCCCCUCGCCGAGCGCUGCUUCUCCCAAGGAGGGUGGCUUUGGAAAGACCACCCCCCCACUCACCACCGCUAGCGACACCCUGAGUGCUGGGACAACAGGGACACCCCAUGGUGCCUCGCCGAGCACAACGAACCAAAAGGUUGUCCCCCCGGCAGUGCCAUUGACUACAGUGAAGCCCCUUGUGCUGACAACACCUGCAGUGCGCAGGCCAACCCCAGCUCAGCCUAGCACCACGAAAGUCCUCAGGCCCCCAACGCCCAUUGCUACUGAAACAGUUCAUGCCACCAGUCAAACUACAGAAGCUGUUGGUCGAAGCACUGCAAAUACUGAUGUGGAUGAAUGUCUUUCCAAUCCCUGUCCUGCCUUGGCCACAUGCAACAACACCCAUGGCUCCUACAUCUGCCAGUGUCCUCUUGGGUAUGAGCUGGAAAAAGGAAAGUGCAAUUUAGUACGAAUAUUUAUUGGUCAGGUUCCCCUGAAGCCGAAUAUCACUCACGGGAAGUAUGAAGAACUGCUACACAUCGAGGGCGAGAUCCUCAUCAUGCUGGAUGCAUCGCUGGCCACCUUGCCGGGCUACCACCGCUCUGUGGUUAAGGCCACCAGGGAGGCCAACAUGGUCCACGUUUCGGUGCAAUCCACGUUCUCGUUGGCUUCCAAUGUGACUUUCUAUGAUAUCGUCACCAGUGUGAAAAGCUACAUCAGAGCGUGCACGUCGCCCCCAGAGACCUGCCAGUUCAUCUCAAACCUCAGACCGCUCCACAGAGUCGGCAGCUUGUGCAAACAGAAGGACCCCGAGUGCGACAAGGAAACCUCCGAAUGCACCGACUUCGAUGGCGUUGCGCUCUGCCAGUGCAAAAGCGGGUACUUCAAAUACAACAAGAUGGACCACUCCUGCCGAGCCUGCGACGAUGGAUAUAAGCUGGAAAACGAGACCUGUGUGAGAUGCCCGUUUGGCUUAGGCGGAUUCAACUGCGGAAACCCGUAUCAGCUCAUCACGGUGGUGAUCGCCGCCGCAGGAGGGGGCCUCCUGCUCAUCCUGGGCAUCGCGCUGAUCGUAACCUGCUGCCGGAAGAAUAAAAAUGACAUAAGUAAACUCAUUUUCAAGAGUGGGGAUUUCCAGAUGUCACCGUAUGCUGAGUAUCCGAAGAACCCCCGAGCACAGGAGUGGGGUAGAGAGACCAUCGAGAUGCAGGAGAACGGAAGCACUAAGAACCUCUUGCAGAUGACAGAUGUAUAUUAUUCGCCAACUGGACUGAGAAAUCCUGAACUGGAAAGAAACGGACUUUACCCUCCCUACACCGGUUUGCCUGGAUCUCGACAUUCAUGCAUCUACCCGGGACAGUACAACCCAUCCUUCAUUAGUGACGAAACCAGAAGAAGAGACUAUUUUUAGCAGGGAGAAGAGGGAGUGGAAGAUUGGCAGAGCUCUGUGGCCCUUGAGCACCAGGUGCCCUCCAUCUCCCGGCAGUUCAGCCCACAUCAAUCUUGCUCUUCCCGUGUGACAGCAGGAAGGACUUU